UCAGUUGUCAGUUAUUCUUCACUGGGAGGCACGUUUGAUAAGAGAGAUAAAUUCAUAAAAAAUAAACUGCUCAGUAAACAGUGUUUACUAAAAAGAUACGUAUGGGUGAUUCUCAGUAAAUUAAUUGCAUUGAUUACUAUUCCUGAACAUCCCAGAAUCGAUCCAUCAGUGUUAAAGCAUUGUGUAUCGAUUGAUCGAAACAAGGCCACAUCUAUAUGUGUUAGACAUUGCUAUAUAGGAAUACGAAGGAUACAACUUAAGAUGGAGAUUUCACAAUUUGCAUUUUGUAUUAUUUUCCUAGCAAAUAUUGUUGAAGGGAAAAUGCUGAAGUGUUACACCUGUGACUCACGACAAGAUGGUCAAUGUGGAGAAACAUUUGGAUAUACUAAAGUUCAAGCUGAAAACAAACAGCUGAUAACAACAUGCAAGGAAGGUCAGGUCUGCAGGAAAACGACAGUGGAGGACUUUGCAGGAACUUUCGUGGUACGGGAGUGUGUGGAAUCAGUGAUAACAGGUUGCAGAGAGAUGCGUCGUGACGGACAGGUCUGUGAUUGUAUCGAUAAGUUGUGUAACAGUACAGACAUACCCAGAAUAUAUUUUGGAUUACUUAUCGCCGUGAUGGCAGUGCAGAGAUUACUACUGUCAUAGACCAGAUACAGAGAAAGGCGAACAACGAACACCAGCGGGAUGCAAUUACUUUUUAUCAAACACUCUCACUCUGAACAAUAAUCGACAAUUUUACUCUUUUAUGUAGAUUUGCAUAGAUCUGCUAUCGCCAUAUAUGUACAGUAGUUCUCGCUGAUCUUCAUAUGAAUUAUAUUUACGUGAAGCGAACCUAUAUAAACAAUAUCGUAUUGAAUUGCAGGAAAAUACAAUUGAUCUAUAAAAUAAAAGUACAGCUUUACCCCUUUCCAGCAACUUAAUCGACAAAUAUCUCAUAACUAAAUAAACAAAUAAACAAAGAAGACGUAUUUGUACAUAAAUAACUCGGGGCUAAUAUAUAUAUUUUUAUAAUGAAUGGUUAUUUAAGCUUCAAGGUUGUCACGUUUGAAUAUAUCAACCGCUUUCUGAAUUCGGUUGAUUAUACGUGUUUUUUGUAAAUAAUGAGAGUUAUCCUGAAAUAAAUCUUCUAUACAUCUUUGCAGCGACAUAUAUUCAUACAUGCCUUUAUACACAAGGCUUGGUGUACAACUUGUCAAAUUUACACACCCCCCUUUCCUCCCCUCUCCAAAAAAACUUCGAUUACUUACACUUAUCUGGGACUGUUAUACCAACAGUAUAAUAGUCCCAGCACUUUUUCCUCAUUUCUAGUUUUUUGCUCGUUGAUUUCUCUUUGUAAGUUUUAGUGUUUUUGUCUGGUUCAAUUUUAGCUAAAAUUAAAUUUUAGGAGCUGUUCUGAUCUACAGAACCAAGUGAUAACUUUGAUAUAUGUAUGCAAGUAUAUAUCUCGAGUACUAAGUAAAGUUAGUACUAUUUUUAGGCAACACGAGCUACUCAAUAAUUACUAACGUUGACCUAUAGUUACUAUAUGUGGAGCAGGACAUGCUUACCCUUCCGGAGCACCUGAGAUCACCCCAGUGUUUGGUGGGGUUCGUGUUGUUCAGUCUAGUUUUCUCUGUUGUGUUUUGUGUACUAUUGUUUGUCUGUUGGUCUUUUUCUUCUAUAGUCAUGGCGUUGUCAGUUUUUUUUCGACCUAUGAGUUUGAAUGUUCCUUUGGUAUCUUUCGCCUCUCUUUUACUAACCUCUACCUCAUUUGGUCUCUGGUGGAAACUUGUCUCAUAUGCAACCAUAUUCCUAUUUUUAUAAAUAAAUAGUUACUGUUAUGCGUUUGGUUUUGAAGACAGAUUCAAGUCGAACAUCCUGUUUACAAACAAACUCAAUGCAUAUUUUACAUUUAUAUCUAAGUCAUUACUGCUCAGUAACAAUUUGAAAUUUAAAAAGAGGGUAUAACAUGCAGGAAUAUUUAUUUUUUUAACAAAUCUUCUCUGUACACAUGCAAUGAUAACAAAUGAAUUCAUUUUCUCCCUGAAUUGAAUAAUUAACAAAUCCUACCCUCUGCAGGUAAUUUCAGAUACGACCUCUUUAGAUACUAAAUUACUAUAUAAAAAUAAGAUGUGGUAUGACUACCAAUGAGACAACUUUCCACAAGAGACCAAAUGACACAGAAAACAGCUUAUAUGUAUAUAAUUUUGUAUAAUGAUGUUAUACUAUGCUACAAUCUGUAAACAAGUCUAUACUCUGAGAAAAGUUGUUUAAUUAAGUAGGUUUAAUUAAACGAUGUAAUUUUGUUACAGGUAUUUACUUGUGUUAUUCAGUACAAGUUUUACUUUUAUUUCUAGCAGAUUUAAACUAUCCUCACUGGUUAUUUAGUUUUGAUAUUCAAUGUUGUGUCCUUGUUCUGAGUUUUUCACAGGUUGAAGUUCAAAGUGACAUUUAACAUUAUGUUGUGGUAGAAUAUAUAUAUAUAUAUACUAGUAUCUAGUUUUAUACACAUUUUGAUAGUUUUGUAACCACUUUAUGUAAUGUAUUGAAAUAAUAGUCUUGUUUCACAA